UUGAUAAGUAGAUGUCAUUUUGACAACCCAGUUCAUAUAACCAACAAAUAUAUUAGAAAAUUUUGAACAAAAUAAUAUUGAUAUAUUUCCAGAAUGAUGUCCAAUACAGUAAAAAUAUGCUUAGGAAUACUUCGGCCAGAGAAAUUACAAUUAACCCUAACUUCGGGGAUUAAGUACUUUGCGCCACCAAAAAAUUACGAUGAUAUUGUUUUACCUGAACGUCAAAGACUCAGAAUAUAUGAUAAAGUUCCACUGUAUCCUUCUAACCUUAAGCCACCUAAAAUGCAAAAACGACUACGAUAUAUGAGAGGACCAGAAACUUUGCAUAAUACUUUGCAACUCAAACAAUAUGGUGUUAUGGCCACUGGCGGAGGUAGAAUGCGUCAUGAACACUUUGAAAUGACACGUCUCCAAGUUGCGAGGAGAUUGGAUAUGAAAAGAAUGUAUGCUAUAUGGAGAGUAGACCCACCAUGGCAACCUAUAACUAAAAAGGGUCAAGGUCAACGUAUGGGUGGAGGAAAAGGAGCCAUUGAUCAUUACGUCACUCCAAUUAAAGCUGGAAGAAUAAUUUUUGAAGUUGCUGGUAAAUGUGAAUAUGCAGAGGUACAUGAUCUGUUGAGAAUUGUGGCUGAGAGAUUACCCUUCCAAGCUGUGCCAGUUUCUCAAGACAUUAUGGAGAAAAUGGAGGCAGAUGAAAAGUGGAAGGAAGAAAACAACCAAAAUAAAUAUACAUUAAAAUAUAUUAUUCAAAAUAACAUGGGAGGUUGUCAUAGGUUUAUCUCUAAGUAUGAUCAUAAAUGGUACGGCAAAUAUGUAUAACUUUAAUAUUUGAAUAUUAUAGAAUAAAUAAGUAGAUGUUAAAUUU